GGCGGCCUCUCGGCGGCCUCAGUACAAUCUCCCCGGACCCAGCCGGGCCUGGCCGGCAGGGUGUGGGGAAAUAGUGGAGCAGGGAGCAAAAACGCUAGGGACAGUGGUCGCGGCGCGGCGGCAGCGGCGGCGGCGGCUCCCCCGGAGGCUGGGGAUGUGGGAGAGGCGGUGGCAGCAGCGGCGGAGGCGGCGCUGCGGACCCGGGGGAAACUGCUGGCUGACAGGACACCCGGGAGAGACGUGAGGGAGCCGCCGCUGCCGCCUCUCACCCCGGAGCAGAGCUGGGCUCAGAGGGCGGCCCUGUGCUCCCCGGCCGACAGGCCAGCCGGCGCUGGGCGGAGGCAGGAAGCCGGGCUCGGGCCUGGCCGGGCUUGAGGCGGCGGCGGCCGCGGAGCAGCAGCCUCGGCGCUACGCGGAGGGCUGGAGGCGGCGGCGAUGCACUAGGCCUCACUCUGGGGCGGCUGCCCAGACCCGCAGCUGAGUGGUGAUUUUAUGCAAUGGCUUCAAGCCACAGUUCUUCACCAGUGCCUCAAAGAAGCAGCAGUGAUGUGUUCUUUAAAAAGGAGGUAGAGUCAGCAAAACACAUUCGACCUGUGCAGUCACUGCCAGAUGUGUGUCCCAAGGAACCCACAGGUGAUUCAAGUAGUUUAUGUGUUGCCCCAUCUCUAGUUACAGAUCAACAUAGAUGGACUAUAUAUCAUUCCAAAGUAAAUCUCCCAGCAGCAUUAAAUGAUCCUAGAUUAGCAAAAAGAGAAUCGGACUUCUUCACAAAAACAUGGGGAUUGGACUUUGUAGAUACAGAAGUCAUACCUUCAUACUACCUCCCACAGAUCAGCAAGGAACAUUUUACAGCAUAUCAACAGGAAAUCUCUCAGAGAGAGAAGAUUCAUGAGAGAUGCAAGAAUAUUUGUCCUCCUAAAGAUACCUUUGACAGGACUCUUUUACACACUCAUGAUAAAUCCAGGACAGAUCUGGAUCAAGUACCUAAGAUUUUUAUGAAACCAGAUUUUGCCUUGGAUGAUUCCUUAACUUUUAAUUCAGUUUUACCAUGGUCUCAUUUUAAUACUGCUGGUGGAAAAGGUAAUCGUGAUGCAGCUUCAUCAAAGUUGCUUCAAGAAAAGCUGAGCCAUUAUCUGGAUAUUGUGGAAGUAAACAUUGCUCACCAGAUUUCUCUACGUUCAGAAGCAUUUUUUCAUGCAAUGACCUCUCAACAUGAAUUGCAGGACUACCUCAAGAAAACUUCCCAGGCUGUAAAAAUGCUUCGAGAUAAAAUUGCACAGAUUGAUAAAGUAAUGUGUGAAGGAUCACUACAGAUUUUAAGACUGGCACUUACCAGAAAUAAUUGUGUUAAAGUAUACAAUAAACUGAAGUUAAUGGCCACUGUACACCAAACUCAGCCUACAGUACAGGUGUUGUUAUCCACUUCUGAAUUUGUUGGAGCAUUGGACUUAAUAGCAACAACACAAGAGGUUCUACAGCAGGAACUUCAGGGCAUUCACAGUUUCCGGCACUUGGGAUCACAGCUUUGUGAAUUAGAAAAACUGAUAAGUAAAAUGAUGAUUGCAGAAUUUUCUACUUAUUCUCACAGUGACUUAAAUAGACCACUGGAAGAUGACAGUCAAGUUUUAGAAGAGGAAAGAUUAGUGUCUCUUGUAUUUGGACUUUUAAAACAAAGAAAACUUAAUUUUUUAGAAAUCUAUGGUGAAGAAGUGAUUAUUACAGCAAAGAAUAUCAUUAAACAGUGUGUGAUUAAUAAAGUUUCACAAAUAGAAGAAAUAGACACAGAUGUUGUUGUGAAGCUUGCAGAUCAAAUGAGAAUGUUGAAUUUUCUCCAGUGGUUUGAUCUAUUAAAGGAUAUUUUCUCUAAGUUUACAAUUUUCCUACACAGAGUUAAGGCAACAUUGAACAUCAUUCACAGUGUUGUUCUCUCAGUUCUUGACAAAAACCAAAGGACUAGAGAACUGGAGGAGAUUUCACAGCAGAAGAAUGCUGCAAAAGAUAAUUCACUGGACACAGAAGUGGCUUAUUUAAUCCACGAAGGCAUGUUUAUAAGUGAUGCAUUCAAUGAGGGUGAAUUAGCACCUGUAGCAGUUGACACUACCUCUCAAAGAAAUGCAUCUCCAAAUAGUGAGCCCUGCAGCAGUGAUUCCGUGUCCGAACCAGAAUGUACUACUGAUUCUUCAUCCAGCAAAGAGCAGACAUCAUCAUCUGCAACUCCAGGAGGUGUGGAUAUUAUGGUCAGUGAAGACAUGAAAUUAACUGAUAUGGAGCUAGGAAAGCUGGCAAAUAAUAUCCAAGAAUUAUUGUAUAGUGCUUCAGACAUAUGCCACGAUCGAGCUGUCAAAUUUCUCAUGGCAAGAGCAAAGGAUGGCUUUCUUGAGAAGCUAAAUUCCAUUGAAUUCAUAACACUUUCUAGAUUAAUGGAAACAUUCAUUUUAGACACUGAACAAAUUUGUGGAAGAAAAAGCAUGUCAUUACUUGGAGCACUUCAGGGUCAAGCUAACAAGUUUGUAAAUAGGUUUCAUGAAGAGAGAAAAACCAAGCUCAGCCUUCUUUUGGAUAAUGAGCGCUGGAAGCAAGCUGAUGUUCCUGCAGAAUUUCAGGAUCUUGUUGAUUCUAUAUCAGGUGGAAAGAUUGCUUUACCUGAAAAAAAAUCCGGGACUACAGAAGAAAGGAAACCAGCUGAGGUUCUUAUAGUUGAGGGACAACAGUAUGCUGUUGUUGGAACUGUGUUGUUGUUAAUAAGAAUUAUUCUUGAAUAUUGCCAGUGUGUGGAUAACAUCCCAUCUGUCACUACUGAUAUGCUUACUCGUCUGUCAGAUUUAUUGAAGUACUUCAAUUCAAGAAGUUGCCAGUUAGUUCUUGGAGCUGGUGCACUGCAAGUUGUUGGACUAAAAACAAUAACUACAAAAAAUUUGGCUCUUGCUUCACGAUGUUUGCAGUUAAUUGUGCACUACAUUCCUGUGAUCCGGGGUCAUUUUGAAGCUCGACUACCACCUAAGCAAUAUAACAUGCUUAGGCAUUUUGAUCAUAUCACUAAGGAUUACCAUGACCACAUAGCUGAAAUAUCAGCGAAGCUUGUGGCGAUAAUGGAUAGCUUAUUUGACAAGCUGUUAUCAAAGUAUGAGGUGAAAGCUCCUGUACCUUCUGCCUGUUUCAGGAAUAUUUGUAAGCAAAUGGCAAAAAUGCAUGAAGCUAUAUUCGAUCUUCUUCCAGAAGAACAAACACAGACGUUAUUUUUAAGAAUUAAUGCGAGUUACAAACUUCACUUGAAAAAGCAAUUAUGUCACUUAAAUGUGAUAAAUGAUGGAGGACCUCAAAAUGGGACACAUCUGGCAAAACAUACAUGUUAUUGGCCCAGUAUCUGCUUUCUAUGCAUGAAGAACUGGUAUUUGUUUACCUGUAAGAUGUAUAGAAUACAUAAAAUUCAAAUGAGAUUGAGAUCAGGCAUCUAAAAACUAUAUUCACCUUUAUAGGGAUGAUAUAUUUAGAUUAUAGGUAGUAUAUUAGUAAAAUUAAAAGCAGGAGAAAUAUAUUCUUACUCUGUUAAAAAUCAGAGGAGCUUAAGAACUCCUUUUAUUCCUUUUCUGAAACAAUUGAGUAGUCAUGAAAUGAUCAGAAUAAGGUCCACUUUUGUACCUUGUAGACAGAAAAAUUUGAUUCCCUGCUCUUCUUUGCCUUAAACUUACUCAUCCAGCUAAAGGCAUAAUAAUUGAAAACCACCUAUACUAAGAAUGAGAGCCCAAUCAACACACCCAUCUAUCCCAGGCCCAGUUACACUAAGUGUAAGUCAUACUAAGUCUCAAUUUUUCUAUUUAUAAAAUAGGCUAAUAAUAUUACAUAUCUCCCAGAGUACUGUAAUUGUGGAAUAAAGUGAAGUAGUGUAAGUGAAAGAUAUUUAAAACCAAUUAGGUGUUAUGUAAAUGCUAUUACCUAUCUUCAUUUGCAUCUGUGAGGGCCAUUUAUAAAAUAGCUGGUAGGCAUUACAUAGAUUUGGAAUUAUGAGUUUUAGAUCACUUAUUUACUUCUGAAGAGUCAGGAUUGAAUACUUUAGAGAGACUGUUUCUUAGCAGUUUGUUCAGUUAAACCAUUAAGGCCAGAAUUAAGAGAGGUUGAAAUAGGUAAGAUUUCUUAUUUUAAAUGUAACAGAUCAAUGAUAUCUAGUGAUGCUUUCCUAGUGGAUCACUUCCUUGUCAGUAGAGGAGAUGCUCUAGGAAAUGGACAGAUAAAGUAAGCCUGUUUUUCACAGAAUAAACUGUGCUCUGUGUCAGAUCCCAAGCCAGGUACUUUGUAUUUUACAAUUCUUUCAUUACAAGACUGUUGAUUUAUUAUAACAAUAACUCAUGGUUGAAAAUAUAUCAUUCAGCAUUUAUUUGAAUUUCAGACUGUACUUCUACAUAAUACUAGGAGUUUAAUUUUUUUCUAUCAGUAUUUAUUGUAGUCUAUUUGCAAGGCAAGGAUGCCUUAAUUGAAUGUUCCCUAAAUCAACAAAUGACUACAAAUGAGUUAUUCUGAGACUAAGUUGAAAGCUGAUCACUUCAUGUAUAAUAGUACUCUAUUCAUUUUUAAGAAUGGAGUCCCACUCUCUUGAUAUGCUACUAAAAAUUAAAAUUUAUUACUUCACAAUUA